UUUCGCACCAACCCCCUAGCCCUUAAAACCCAAACCCCCGUUCUAAGCUUCCAUCGCCAAUCGAUACAUUCGACGCAAUGACCAUCCAAUCCUGGCACGAAAAAGCCCUCGCCAAACAAGCCACCGCGGCAUCCAAAAUCCCCCCCGAAUGGCGCCUCCCUGAAUCGAUCCAGGCCCAACUCACCUCCGACCCAGGUCGAAACUGUCUCGACAUCCCAGCCCAAAGCGGCCUCCUCACAGCCCGCGAACUCGCCAUCACCGCGACAGAAGACGCCACAGCUCUCCUCGCCAAAAUCGCCAACAGAGAAUACGCCGCAGUGGAAGUCACAACGGCCUUCAGUAAACGCGCAGCAAUAGCGCAGCAACUCACCAGCUGUCUCACGGAGACAUUCUUCGAUGUGGCCCUCACCCGCGCCAAAGCGCUCGAUGAGCAUCUCGCCUCAACCGGCAAGACAGUCGGGCCUCUGCACGGUCUACCCAUCAGCCUCAAAGAUGGGUUCAAUGUAGCCGGCAUCCCGUCGACGUUGGGCUUCGUCUCCUUCAUCGAUAACCCGGUCCCGACGACUAACUCCCCCCUCGUCGAUAUCCUCCUCGCCGCUGGCGCCGUGAUCUACGUGAAGACGAAUAUUCCGCAGACAUUAAUGAUCGCCGAGUCGCAUAACAAUGUCUUCGGGCGGGUGUUGAACCCACACCGACUCAAUCUGGCAGCAGGGGGUAGUUCAGGCGGCGAAGGAGCGUUGGUCGCGCUGCGGGGGUCGCUGUUAGGCGUGGGCACUGAUAUCGGGGGCUCGAUCCGUAUCCCCGCGUUAUGCUGUGGGGUGAUUGGGUUUAAGCCGAGUGCAGGGAGAGUUCCAUUUGUGGGACAGACGAGUCCAGCCAGACCUGGUCUUGUGGGGAUAACGCCCGUCGCUGGCCCGUUGUGCCAUUCUGUUCGCGAUGCGGACUUGUUCUUCAAAGUCGUCGCCGACUCACAGCCCGAGGAUGUCGAUGACCAGGUGCAUGGGCUUCCGUGGUCGAGUCCUACUGAGCCGCUUAAGUCGUCGCUGACGAUCGGUCUUCUUCCUGAGGACCCGGUGAGGCCAUAUCACCCUAACAUCCAGCGCACACUCUCGAUUGCAGUGAAGAAGCUGGCCGCCGCGGGCCAUCAGAUUGUCGAUUUAACCGGGAAAUGCCCCUCAGUCAAAGAGAUAAGCGACCUCGCCAUGCAGUUCUUCCAGAUGGAUCCUGACCGGACAGCGCUGGGCCACCUCGCAGCCAGCGGGGAGCCAUGGGUCCCAUCUUUGAAAUACACGUUUGAUCCGAACGGACCAGGUCCGGAGCCGACAUUGCGACAGUUGUAUGACCUGAACGUUCAAAAGGCGGGUGCUACCGCGGCAAUAAGAAAGGUUUUCCUGGAUAAUGAGCUUGACGUGAUACUGGCACCGGGCCAUCAGAGUGUUGCGCCUGUGCAUGAUACGUUCGGGUUGCCGAUCUAUACGAUGCUGGCGAAUUUGGUUGAUUAUCCGGCAUGUAUUAUUCCCUUCGGGACGGCUGAUGAGGCGGCUGAUGCCGAGUUCGUUCGUGAUAUCGAAUACAUUCCUAAGUAUACCCCGAAAGAGGUCGAAGGCGCUCCAUGCCAUGUCCAGCUCAUUGGAAGACGAUUGAAAGAUGAACUGUUGGUGCAGCAUAGUAAGGUUGUCGAGGGUGUGCUGAAGGGUAAGUGAGAGACAUCAAUGCCGGAGUAGAGACCAGUUGUAUUGAACACCAUCAAUUCGCACAUACCUAUUCUCUCAGCGAUACUUUAGAUACGAGAUGAUGAGGACAAACCAGUGCGAAGCAAUUUAAUCCAUAUACAUGGGGGGUCAAAAGUCUGACUACACUAGCGCGUUUCCGCCGACGCGUCAAAAAAUUGUACUUUCUUCAACUAUCUACCUCACCACCAUUAUGAGGUCUUUUGGAACCGAAAUUAGUGGAAAUAGAAGGCUAAAUCAAGAGCUUUCUACUGAGACGCGCGCGGCAAUUAUAUCUGGUCUAGAGAAUAAUAUAUCGCCUACUCAACUUGCAAAGCAAUUUAACGUCUGUCGCUCUACUAUUUACUCAAC